GGCUCUUAUUGCAAGAAGCAGUCGAUAGCAAAAUUUAGUUGUGUGUGCUUCGAAUUAAAUUUAUAUUCUUAUUAUUCUACUUGUCCAAAUAUCAUUUAUACAUUCAUUUUUAUAUUAAUGCGAAUAUUACUGUUUCUUUGUUUAACAAAAUAAAAAGUAAAUACGUACACAACUUAAAACGGCUGCAUACAAAUUAAACAAAACCCUUAAAACGCAAAAUAAAAGUGAAAUUUCUUGUGCUAAAACUUUAAAAAAUAAAUAUUAAGAAAAAAGAAAAUAUAAUUAAGUGACGAAAUAUUAUAAAAGUUAAAAAUAUAGUGUUUCCUAAAGUAAAAAAAAGUGUUUUUUUACAUAUAAAUACCCACUCAAAACAAACGUGUAGUGUUUGGUCCAAUUUAUAAAAAAAUCGAAAAUAAAAAACAAAAUUUUGUUUAAAUUCCCUCCCACAGUGCGUCGGUGGGCCCUGCACAAGUGUUAAAUUUGAAUUUCGAAAAUCAUCAAAGAAAGUUUUAGAAAGCAUUCACUUUUUAACGUAAAAAAGCUUCAGACUGUUUUAUUACAAUAAAGUAUGACCUUACCAACACGUCCAGCUCCCGCGCCACCUGGAUCACGAGCACAAAAUGCAGCGGCGAAUGCAAAUGCUAGUCUAGAACAGUUACGUCUACAAUUACAACAGCAACAACAAUUACAGCGCCAACAACAGCAACAAAAUGUCACCGUACCAAAGUUAACAAUCAAAUUACCACCUCCACCUAAACAACCGUUGACAACAAAUGCAUACAAUGGCGUUAGCGGUGGUUCGAUUAAUAACAACACAGGUUCAAUCACACGAAAAUUUCCCCAAGCACGUUAUGCACCGGCUACCAAUUGGGAUGAUUCACCCUUUGAUAUUUUAGCCGGUAAUAAUACAGGAUUUGGUGGAGGAAUGGCGACAACGGCAACGAAAAAUCAAACUCAAGCCACAACAAAUGGUAAUUAUAAAAAACAACCACCACCCAGACCUCCACCACCUAAAGUGCAACCGAAAAAGGGUGCCGCUCCCACGCCACCAAUACAACAAUCUACCAAUAUUUUAACAAAUAUAUUCCAUCUUAAGAAAAAAUCCUCCAAGGCGCCAACACCUAAUAAUUCCGCUUCAAGGAUUUAUGGAUCAGCCACUUAUGGUACCACAACCUCCACAACAGGGUCUUCGAAAAGCAACACAACUUCACUACAAACCAAUGGAUUUUCGCACACAAGUUCUUUGACUACAGAUUGGAAUAGUGCCUGGAAUAAUACAGCCUCCUCCACUAUGCAAACAACACAUCAAACUGCUACCACAGAAGCUCAAUUGAUCAGUUUUGAUUCACCUCCUAGUUCACCGACAUUUACACAAAAAUCUAAUAGCGAUUGCUUAAGUGUGGACAGUUUUAGUUCGGACUCUAACUUCAGUUCGCCCAACAAUGGUUCGGUUUCACAGCCAGAAAGUGGUUUUGAAGAUGAUUUUUCCGCCUCUGCGGGACGUUCUAGGCCAGCCACCACCAGUCCUUUAGAUCCCUGGGAAGCUCUAGAUGCCUUUGGCCAUUCCGAAGCGGCAGCAUCAACAACUACACAACCUCGUUAUGGCAGUAUUGGUACUGCCCCCGUAAGAAAUCUCAGCACAAUCAAUACACGUCUUCAGAGCAAUGGUGAUAAUCCUUUAUGCAAUGGUAAAAGUUUAUUACCACCAGCGCCCACGCUCAAUAUGCCCACAAUUAUUAAACCGAAAAUUUCUCAGAAACCUAAAGCGCCCAAACCACCACUAUUAGCUAAACCCUCAGCUUUUGGUUCCUCCUCGCUAUAUUCAGAUAAUUUAAUAACUCCACCCUCUCCGCCUAUGCCUCAAUGUGCUCCACCUCCUCUACCACAAACAACAUCAACAUCUUUUGCAGCCUCAUCAUCAUCGUCGGCAAAACCAACAUAUUCUAUACUAGAUGUUAUUACCGGUAAAGUGGAUGCCACGCAUUUGAGUUCGGGAAUGGAUGAUUAUAAUAGUGAACCUUUGGAGCCGCCACAUGGUAUUGCUUUGUAUGAUUUUGAUAGUACGGAAGAGGGAGAUUUAUGUUUUAGGGAAAAUGAAAAGAUCUAUUUAAUAGAAAAAGUUAGUGAAGAAUGGUAUAAGGGACGUACACGAUCCGGCUGUGAAGGCAUUUUCCCGAUAAAUUACAUUGAAAUUAAAGUGCCACUUAACAGUAAAUCAACAAUAUCAAGUGAAAAUUCAACACAAUCUUCUUCGCCCUCCACAACACCAACAUAUCAACAAGUCACAUCAGCGGCAAAUUCAAGCAAUUUGAAAGUACGUUCUUUAUACAAUUUCCCAGCCGAAGUAGAAGGUGAUUUGGAAUUGAAAGAAAAUGAUUUGGUAACAAUAUUAUAUAGAAUAAAUGAAGACUGGUUGUUUGGUGAAGUUAACGGUCGCCAGGGACAAUUUCCAGCUAAUUUUCUUGAAUAUGUGCCCACUAAUGUACCAAUGCCUUAAGUUUUAAACUAAAAAGUAAUAUUUACAAAAACACACACACACACUUAUCUACAAACAUAUAUAAACUUGAAUAAUUCCUAAAUAUUAAUAUGCAGUAGUUUUAGAAAAAAA